CACCUCUUCCACGGUUUGUAUCGAUCAUUAAAAUGCCUCAGCCGCAUUCAGAACAUUCGGCAUCCGAGCUAAAAAUCCUAAAAUAAUUACAUUGAUCUAAAAACCCAAAGUCGGCAUGCCUGCUUCUAUGCUAAAAAUCCAGCGAAAUCUAUUUUCGUUUCAGCUCAGCCUGUACAGUAAAUUGUACCGAAUAGCCCUCGGCCUAGAGUUUUCCGGCUUCGCGUAGUCUUGCACUGAAAUUCGGGACAUGUUUACAAGGAUCAGUCAAGCGUGCAUAUCAGGAACUGACUGAUGGAUGAUCUGGAAUGGUGCUGUAUAUACCAGCUGGUCUGAGCUAGUCCUUGCAGAUAAGUGUCUGCAUACAAGGAACUGAAAGAUACAACAUGGCAUCAGAUGCAGUGGAGGUUUUAUCAGAUGCUGCUGAUGAAAAAGAGGCUUCCAUGGACAUAGAGAUCUCCAUCAAUCCAGACUAUGAUGAUCCCACUCCAGACACCAGUGAGAGUGAGCCAGACAGAAAAAAGGACAGUUCUGUACAGGCUCAUGGUGAAAGUUUUGAAAUCUCAGACGGACCACUUUUGUCUUGUGACCAGUGUGAUCGACAGUUUGUCUCUGAGGAAUUUCUCCAGAAGCAUCGAGUCAAUCACCAGUUCAAGAGGUCAUUUGUAUGUCGACAUUGCCACCAUGAGACCUCCACCGAAAGAGCCCUCCAACAGCACCUAAAGACACAUCUAGGAGAGAUGCCUUUCAUGUGUGAUGUAUGUGGUAAAGGUUUUGGAAAUGUGUACCACUAUCGGAGUCAUUACAGAACACACACUGGAGAGAAGCCUUACAAGUGUGGAAUUUGUGGUAAGCGGUUUACAACUUCAACAGGACUUCGGUACCAUGAAAGGACACGAAGUGGAGAGAACUGUAGCAUUAGAGUUGGAGGAAAGGGUCCUGAAGAAGCGAACAAGCUGAAGGAUUGGGAUGGCGAUACACUGAUUUAUGUUCACCCUCCAACAGGGUAUAUGAAUCUGCUGAUUAACUCUGAAAGUAAAUCUCCACAAGAAAAGGAUGAUUCCACUGCCAAAUGUCGGGAUAAAAGUCCUGAGACAGGCAAUGCAAGUACAGAUGUCUCCUCUAUGACAAUGGCUGAGAAGCAACAGAUAGCUCUGUCUUACAAUGAGGGAACUGAAUGCAUGAUUUGUGGGAAGAAAUUUCAGUACCCGUCCAUUCUAAAGAGUCACAUGAGAGUUCAUAGCGCUGAAGAGAUUGACCAUACCCUGAAGUUGUUCCAGUCUUCCACUGAUGAGGACAGUAUGAAUAAGUUUGCAUCUUGGAAGCCAUAUGCUUGUAAGGAGUGCGGGCAUGAAUGCUGCACUUCAGAGGAGUUGAAGACUCACAUGCUAUCCCAUUCAGCACAGAAACCUCAUUUCUGCAAAUACUGUGGGAAGUGUUUUGGAAAGGCACACAACUUACAUGCUCAUGUGCGCACACAUACUGGUGAGAAGCCGUUCAAAUGUAUGGAUUGUGGUAAACGUUUUACAACCUCUACUGGAUUCCGAUAUCAUAACAAAGUUCACCACAAGGGUUCAGCCUCACAUGCCUCCAAAGAGAAGGAGAAUCUAAGUGAAUCGUUUGAACCUGGUUUUCUGAAGAUUGUCAGUGUGACCUCCUUAGCAGAUGGCUCUUCUGAUAUUGACCCAUCUAUAUUUGAGGACAUUGUUGAGACUUCUAAUGAGGUAGAUCCUCCUGAAACUUUGACAGAAAAAACUGAAACAUCUGAGCAUAAUACAACAGAAAAUAAUUCAGAAGUUACAAUGAUAUUAACAGCUGAUGAUAUCACUGAGGUUGAAAAACAAAGCAGUGAUGUUAAUUUGGAAUGUGAAGUCUGUGGCACUAUGUUUGAAGAGGAAGCUGUAUUGGAACGCCAUAUGAAGAAACAUCGAGCUAUCAAGAAAAAGAAGGCUUUGUCUGUAGGAUCUGAAGCAUCUCCAGAAAAACAGUCAUUAGGUAUUGUGGGAAGUGAAACAUCUACGUCUCUGUCAGCAGGACAAGUGCUUGUUACUACUGAAAAUGUCACUGAUUUAACUGACAUGAUGGAUGAAGAGUCUGAUGAUGAUGAGUUGCCUUCUGACUCAUCAGCAUUUACUUGUCCAUCUUGUGACAAGACUUUCAAUUCAGUGUCUGAACUUGAGAUUCAUUUAGAGCAACAUUCAAACACGAUUGAACCUAUCAGGUAUACAUGUAGAUAUUGCGCAAGAACUUUCUGGAGAAAGUACAACUUGACGAUCCACAUGAAGACCCAUACAGGAGAACGCGCCUAUUCUUGUAAUUACUGCCCAAAGAGAUUCAUCACCAGCAGUAGGCUGAAGUUUCACAUGAAAAGCAAACACUCCUAUGUGAAACUGAACAAAGUGAGCACAGAUGUCAGUGGUAGUCUAAGCAAUAAGAUGGAGAAUUUAGAUGUAAGAAUCGUUGAUAUUGGUGAUGUUGCUGCUAAUGGAGACGAUGAAGUUAGCCCCGAGAGGACCACCAUAAACGAACUCACACCCGGUGAAAGGCCCUUCAAGUGCAACGUCUGCCAGAAGACUUUCACAGCUAUGAAUGGGCUGAAGUACCACUUGACUCAUGUGCACAAGCCAGAAGAGGCCGAGAAGGAUCCAGGUCAGGUAGAAAGUGAAGAAAAGAUGAUUCAGGAAACUGUUGCCAUGGUAAAGAGACAUGAGGAGAGAAAGUCAUCUCCCGAGCCUGUAACAGCGAUUAAGAUAAAAACAGAACCAGGUGAACCAGAUGAUAUCCUUGCGAUGCAGACUCCAACAGAAGCAGAGCAGCAUAAUGGAGAGUCAGAAACUGCUGCCCUGUGUGCGGAGAUUGCUGAACGGAUGAAGAAGAGUAACAGCCAGUCAGCUUUCAUACUACCAUCAGGUAAGGCCGGCACAAGUGCUCCCUCAAGUUGCUCUGACAAAGAAAUAAACGAUCCAUCCCCAGCUGCUGUACAUGACACACUAGUAAGUGAUGGCGUGUCGGGUCGCAGGAGGAACAGAAAGAGUUCUAAGCCCAGUUUUUACGGAAUUAAGGUCAAGACUGAAAAAACUAAACCAGUAGAUUCUGAUUCCAACACUGGUGAUGACUUUGUGGUUUCAUUCGACAGUGUCAGUUCUGGACAAGUUCCGGAUGAUGUCCAAGCAAUGGCAGACAGUGAGAUCUAUGAUGCAUUGAAUCCUGAGAUUAAUACCUUCACACAGGAAGAGGAACUGGUUUUGGAUGACACCUCCAGAGAUGAAAGUAUGAACUUAGAUGUAAUGAAGGACUUUAAAUUCUGUGAUUACUGCAGCAAAAUUCUCCCCAGUGCUGAGUAUGACAGUCACAUGGAGAAGCAUAAUGGGACGUAUUACUCUUGUAGUAUUUGUAAUUUCAAAUUUGCAACUAAGGAGACUUUGAGAAAACAUGAAAACCUCCAUCCCAAAGAGACUCCCUUUGAGUGUAUAGAAUGUGGCCUUGGUUUCAUGUACGCAGCUGACCUACAAGUACAUCGUAGAGUUCACAAGAGUAAGAAGAAGUAUGAGUGUCUAUAUUGUGGGAAGUUUUUUGGGAAGUCCGACAACUUAAAGUCACAUGUUCGGACACACACUGGUGAAAAACCUUAUAAAUGCGAUAUCUGUGAUAAGAGAUUCACAACAUCGACAGGACUGAGAUACCAUGAAAGAAACAGAACACCGGAAAACUGCUAUAAGGGAAUGGACAACCGUUGCCGCUACAAGAAUCAUUACCAACAAGCUUAUGAUAUCAUUACGAAGGCUGCCAAGGAGGGGAAGAGCCGAGAAGAUAUUGCCAUGAUGUCAAUCAAGUCACGAUCAUCAAGUAAUACCUACUCUCUAGACUCCAAACAGGUUCUUGUCUUUCCCAAGACACCUGUGAUGAAGGAUACGUAUCAGCAAAUAGCACUGAAAAAUACCCUCAUGAAGCUUGACACAUCAGUCCUGCCUGAGGUAGCCAAACAUGUUCUCAAUGCACCGACAGGGAAGACAGAUGUGAUUGAUGAAUCUAAACAAAAAGGAGACAUACAGACUGAAGCUGUUUCAAUCAGGAGAGCUAGCAUUGACAGACAAGUCAAGAAAGAAAUGCAGAAACAGCAAGAAUUGGAUAGGCUAGUAAAGGACCAGUCUGUUUUUGCAAAGAAAAAGAUUUCCCGCUUCCCAACAAAGAAAAAGUUCGCCCGCUGCCCAUUCUGCCCAAAGAUUUUGUCUGAUCAGUCAGGGCUUAAGAAGCAUCUCCGUAUUCACACUGGUGAGAAACCUUACAAGUGCAGGCUGUGUAGCAGCUGUUUCGGUCGAUCUGACUACCUUCAGAAGCACAUGUUGACUCACAUGGAUGAGAAACUUCACCGGUGUGAUGUUUGUGACAAAUCCUACAAGUUAGCAUCAGAUCUCAACAGACAUAAACUGGCACUGCAUGGCAUGUUCACGCCCUCUGACAUAGAGUCAUCAUAUAUAUCGUUGGUUACCUACCCUUGUGAUGUCUGCCAGUUGGAGUGGAAGUCCGAAGAAUUGCUGCGUGAACACAUGAAAACCCAUGACCAUCAGUGCCCCAAAUGUAACAGAGCUUUCUCCAACGAUCGCCUCUAUCAGAUUCACUGUGGGAUCUGUACAGGAGCAGAGGUGGACAAUAUGGGGGAGGAACCCGAUGUCACGGUCACCUUUGAAGGUUUUGAAAUUACAUGCAGUCCACCUGGUUCUGAUAUAGAGGAUGAGGAACAAAACAUUGAAAUAGAAAAUGAAGGAAUAGAUUCUCAAGAGAUGGAAGAUUUGGAAUAUACAGAUGAUGAAUUAGAUGAUGUAGAAGGUGAUGAAGUUGAUGAUGCAGAUGAUGCAGAGGCUGUUCCUGAACGUGAUGAGGAGCAGGUUACACUGAGGAAGACUCGGACCAGUACAUUAAACAAACAGAGAACCAGCCACAGCUGCACAUCCUGUGGGAAAACAUUCAAAUCCUUCUCCACCAUGAUACUACAUCUGCUGGAACAUAAGGGACCGAAGAUAUUUCCUUGUCCGGUGUGCAGCUUCACAUGCUCUUCUUUGGAACAUCUGGAGGAGCAUGAGAAUGAACACAAUACCUCCAAGAACCCAUCUUCUCAGGUUAGAUGCAACCUCUGUGGCAAGUUCUUCGCGAACAAUGAGUUGAUGAAGUCCCACUACCAUGAACACUUGGGCGGGGAUGUGUACAAGUGCAGCAAGUGUCACAAGAUGUUCAAGCAGUUUCCAGACCUCAACAAACACUCUAAAACAUGUAAAGAGUCUUUGGAACAUUGGAAGGCAUUUUCUUGCAGCUUUUGUAACAAGCAGUUUGACAAGCAGGAUCACAUAAAGACACAUGUCCGCAUCCACACCGGGGAAAAACCAUAUGAAUGUCAAGUGUGUGGAAAGGCAUUUGCUGCUUCUACUGGCCUGCGACUCCAUCAGAAACGUGGGCCGCCAUACAUCUGCGCUCCACCCUCACCUGCGAAGAAGAUCACUACCACGACUGUAGUCACCAAGCGGAUAGUAAGUGAAAAGCAGUCGGUGAAAGAAAAGCGGACAGCCAGUGCAAGCAGUAGUAAAGCCACACCUGAUGAUGUUGCCGCAAUUCAGAAUGGCUAUUUGGAGCCACGUAGGAGGAGUCUGCGGAACAGAACAACAAGUGCCAGCAAGGGAAAGUAACCAGUGCUUUGAAGAGAAAGUAUUGCUAAGGAUAAUACCAAUUGUAUGAAGCAGUUGUUUACAAAACUUCUUUUUUUAUUAAUUGUAUUUGACAAGGUAGAGAUGUGUUGAAGAAUACUAUAUUUGUAAUUAAUUAGAGGUAAAUGCUGACCUGAUGGGCUGUUAAUCCUGUUUACUGGUGUUCAAGUUCAGUUUUUCUACUUCAAAUUUGUGAAAAAAUAGAUAACCUUUAAUAUCUUUUCUGAGGCCCGGCGCUUUUGCACUUACUAUGUGUAAUUACCAUAAUUUUUAGUGAGCUGCUUUACCCCAGACGUUCAUUAGAUACCCACCGCUUAUUAGAGGAAAUACAGUAAAGAAGUUAUGAUCAUGUUAGCGCUGGGAUUGAAAUAUUUCUUAACAUGGAUCAUAAAUUUCACAGGGUGAAUAUGGUUCCAUCUUGAAAGAACAAGCUGAUAUUGCAUAUUUUUCAAUCUCGCAAUUCAAAUGUGACUGGUGAUGCCAUGUUUGCCUCAUGUUUGAAUAGUACUGGUAAUGGUGUAUGGUAACCUGGAAAGUUGAAGGUAUCAGGAGUUAUCUCCCCUCAUCAAAUCCUCAUCCUUUCUAUGGAAUUGCUUACUGUGUCUAUCUGUAUGAUGUGAUGACCUUUUAAGUAUGGCAUGUGCUAUGAUUUUAGUAUAACAGUGCACAACAUUAUACUUUUUGUGUUUUAUUUGAACAUUUAGUAUUCUUUUAAUCUGUGGUAUUAUGUUUGUAAUAUUGUCCUGUAAAUCUGUUAAGUUUCUGUUCGUGACAUGUAAAUAUUAAAGUCAUUUUAUGCUUUGAAAGUUAUUUUAAUAUACUGUUAGAUACUAGAAAGAAAAUGUUCAGCACAUAAAUAUUUCAAUGAUUAUGCAAAUGUGAUGAGAAUAUUUUUCUGAAUGAAUGAUCAUAACAUUACUGAUUUAUAACUUAAAGAGGUCAUUCUUUAUGGUGAAAUAUUAUUGGCAUGUCAACUUUCCCAAACCAUGGAUCCUCAAGUUGUCACAUGUUGCUCAGGCCUCUCUUUUUUGACUCCUUGCUUUGCAAAAAUCGUGACACUUGAAAAAAAAUUGGUGGCCAAGUGGAAACGUAAGUAAUGAAUUUUUGGGGGUGACAUCCAAAAGAUUAAUUUGGCUUCUAUUUCAACAUGUUUGACCUAGUUGGAAUAUGUUGAAUUAAUUUUUUGCCUGAAGACUAAGCUGGAAGGAAUGAGUUCUCAAUCUUUAUGUUUUAUUCUACAUUUCUGAAAAAAAAUAAUGUUCAACAUAUAUGUAAAUUAGGACAUUUUGAAAAUUCUGUCUCAUUUGUGUAUGUAUAUAUUACAUUGGGGUGUUCAUGCAUAACAUGUAUUUGAUAUUGAUAUUGAUCUUUUUGCAACCAUGGUAACCUGUGUAAAUGUGUGUAUCGGCACACAAUCCGUCCACAACUCUGCACCAUCUGUGUUUCAUUAUAACCUGUUUGUUUUCAUGUGACUAGUGUAUGGAAUGCAGAGUGUACACUGUUGUUAUUAUGGCUGUCACAUGAAAUCACCACUGUUGUCUUCAUUUUAUGUCGCCGCAAUGACAUUACUGGAAUAUUGCUAAAAGCAGCAUAAAACUGAACUCAUUUUGUGUCGUGUAAUCCACUUUCUGGGAAUACUUCAAACCAUUAAAUCAUUGCACUGGCAAUACGUGCAUACACCAAAAGUGCUGCCAAUUGAUUUUGGAGUUAAGACAGAAUUGUACAUGAGUAAAAUAUUUUGCUGCAGAAUAUUGUCAGGGUUACCUCCCUUAUCUGCGCCAGUAUUGGGCUUCUGAGUUAGAAUAGGUCUCCAGUUGUCAGUGCUUAUUGUAAAGGGUGACUUAUGGAUGGGUUUUAUCUCAACUCACGAACAUGUGGGAUCCCAGGGACCCCUAAUUAUUACUUUUAAGGGUCCUUGCAGGCAAAACAAGUGUCCUGUGACGUAACAGUGUAGAGAACUGUACCUUUUGAUAAUUUCUUGUUGACGGACGUAUGAAAUGAUGUUCGUAACUGCCAAGAAAGAAACAACCAACACUUUACAAAGUCAUAGAUGUGUUAUGGGUACAGUGAAUAAUAUUGUGCAUCCCUUUGGAAUGUGUUGGCAUAAUGUAUUUCCUUUGUAUCCAUUGAUCCAGUGUUCAGUGUGUAAGGUUCUGUCCUUGUUCCAUUAGGUUUAGUUGUUGUUAUACAAUGCAAAGUACAUAUUCAAACUGAUGUAAAAUAAGUAAAAUCUUCUGUCCAAGAUAUUUUUAUGGAUUAAACUUCUUUAUGAUUUCCCUCACGGCAUUUCGAGACCAUUCCAGGUCCCUUUAUCAGGUGAUGCCACUGAAAGACAUAAAAUCUUCUGCAUCAUAAAAAUGUUUUUGCUGAAUAGGCAUUGUAUUUUGCUAUAUUUGUUACAAGAUCUGUUAUAUCAAGUGGUUGGCACAUGUCAGUAUAUUGAUGGGAAUGUGUGGUUAAUGUGAUUGUUUUGACAAGAUUGACUCCAAUGUUGUUAAUCUGCUCUUCUAGUUUGUCCUGACUGGAUCUGUGUGUAUAUUUGGGUCAUGCUCAUAAUCAUCGUUGACAAUCUCCAGGGCAUACGUUCUGAUAAAUCUCCAUAAGCACCCUGGAUGCAUUUACGUCUCAGCCCGAUAAUUGUAUUACCUCUCUUUGCUGGCUUCACCUUCUCACAGUAGCCAAUCAGAUAAGCUGUUACAACCGAGCUUGCAAGUGUCAACAAAGAUGGCGGCUGAAGCCUUGAAGGUUUGCUCGCUCUGAGACUCAGAUUUAGGGG